GAAGGCUCCGGCGGGGACCCGGGCGGCAACUGCGAACUCGGGGGUCGGCUGCCUGGCGAGUUCUGGUGUGCGGGACAGGGGUCCGGGCUCUUCCUGCAGGCCGGCCGGCACUGUCGCGCGAGGCUCGUCAAUCACCGCUCAUUGCCACGGCUGCAGGGUCCAGGAGCCCCGCCCCCGGUUGCCAUGGCGACGCUGGGUCUUGAGGCGGUGCCCUAGAACGGAAGUUGCCCGCUUGGGCUUCUGGGAAGUGUAUUUCGGGAGCCUCCACAAGGACCCACAGCCUUGGCGAUGACCCGCUUCUCCCAGGUGUCCGGUUGAUUUGGAAUCUUGAGGAGUGAAAGUUUGACCCAAGGGAUCCGGCGGCCAUCGAAUUCGAUGCUACUUAUAAGGGGUGAUUCUUAAUAAACUCAGAUCACAAAUCCCCAGCUGCAGAAAGAGCAGAGGUCAGCCCCAUUUUCACAUACGGAAACCGAGGUUCACAGAAGCACAGUGACCUGAAAGUGGGUGAAAUCAGUAUCUUUGGCCUUCGUAGGCCGUUGAUCCAGUGGUCUUGGAACUUCUGCACUAGCCACCCCUCCCUCCCUAAAUUCCCCCAUCAUCUCACAGCAUCUAUUCAGGGAGCUAAAAAGAUGGGGCCUUGCCGGUGUGAGAGGGGCUCAGAGAAGGUGCUGUACUGGCUGAGGAGGAGGACAAGGUGGGUCAAGGCUGCCCCCCGAAACCUGGCUAAGUGAACGACGGUGGUGCCAGAGUGAGGGGCCAGCUCUGAGAAGCCAGGAGGCGAGGCCAAUGGCAGAGAGGAGUGGGGUGGGGAGCAGGCAGCAGUGGUGCUGAUGCCGCCUUCCUGGCUGGAGAGAAGGCCAGGGCUGCAGAUGGUUCAGCAAGGGCUUCCAGCUCUGCAGGUCCCAAGAGUGUGGCCCCUAAUCUGUGCCUCAGUCUUACCAGCUGCUCUCCACGGGCAGGUCUAAGGCUCGCACAGCAUAGCAUCCAGUGGGCACUCCGAGCGUUUGCUGCCAAGCAUGUUCUUACUGCAGCAGCCUCAUUCUGUUCCAUCCCCAGGGGCAGAUACUAGUCUCAGAGACCUGGGCUGGUGCUCCCAAUGAGGCCUGCUGUGCUGGGCUCUCCAAGCCAUGCACCUCCAGAAGAGGAAGGACCUGUCAUGGUGAAGCUGGAGGACUCUGAGGAGGAGGGUGAAGCUGCCCCAUGGGACCCAGGCCCUGAGGCUGCACGCCUGCGCUUCCGGUGCUUCCGCUAUGAAGUGGCAACAGGGCCCCAAGAGGCCUUGGCCCAUCUCCGAGAGCUGUGUCGCCAGUGGCUUCGACCUGAGGCACGCUCCAAGGAGCAGAUGCUGGAGCUACUGGUGCUGGAGCAGUUCCUGGGUGCGCUGCCCCCUGAGAUCCAGGCCCGUGUGCAGGGGCAGCUUCCAGGCAGCCCUGAGGAAGCUGCAGCCCUGGUUGACAGUCUGCGUCGGGAGCCAGGCGGGCCACGGAGAUGGGUCACAGUCCAGGUACAGGGCCAGGAGGUCCUUUCAGAGAAGACGGAGCCUUCCAGCUUCCAGCCCCUACCUCAGCCUGAGCCUCAAACUCCAGAACCGGGGCCCAUACAGGAAUUACCAUUGGACCUUCAGGUGAAAGAUGAGCCAGAGAUUACAGAGGACCCAGAGCUCCUGGAGUCUGGGCCUCUAGCUGCCACACAAGAGGCUGCACCCACCCUCCUGCUUGAGGAGGUCCAGGGCUAUGGGAUGGCACUGGAGCAAACCUCUCCCAGCAGUAAGACUGAGCCUGAGGGGUCUUCAUGGAGGGAGCACCCUAGGGCCCUAUGGCAGGAGGAAGCUGGGGGCAUCUUCUCUACAGGGUUUGCGCUUCAGAUGGACAGCUUCUCCGCAGGCCCAGGCACUGUGAGCCCUAACCUUCAUAUACCCUGGGACCUCGGCAUGGCCAGCCUCUCCGGCCGAAUCCAGUCGCCUUCCCUCGAAGGUGGUUUCACGCAUGUACUCCUGCGCCCCAGCAACCCAGGAAGCGAACUUAACCCUACCGACCAGGAUCCCCGAGGUGGCAUGGGCUCUGCACUGGUCGCUGCCCGCUGGUGUGCCCCCAGGGGACGGAGCCGGGGUCGCCCCAGCGCCGGAGCAGGGGCAGUGCGGGGCGGCCACUGCGACGUGUGUGGCAAGGUAUUCAGCCAGCGCAGCAACCUGCUGAGGCACCAGAAGAUCCACACGGGCGAGCGACCCUUCGUGUGUGGCCAGUGCGGCCGCAGCUUCAGCCGCAGUUCGCACCUGUUGCGCCACCAGCUCACUCACACCGAGGAGCGACCGUUCGUGUGUGGUGACUGUGGCCAGGGCUUCGUGCGCAGCGCACGCCUGGAGGAGCACCGGCGUGUACACACAGGUGAGCAGCCCUUCCGUUGUGCAGAGUGUGGCCAGAGCUUCCGACAGCGAUCCAACCUUCUGCAGCACCAGCGCAUCCAUGGUGACCCCCCAGGCCCGGGUGCUGCGCCCACCACCCUUCCUGGUGCGCCGGAGCCGCCAGGCCCCUUUCCAUGCAGCGAGUGCUGCGAGAGUUUCGCGCGGCGUGCAGUGCUGCUGGAGCACCAGGCGGUGCACACAGGCGACAAGUCCUUCGGCUGCGUGGAGUGCGGUGAGCGCUUCGGCCGCCGCUCAGUGCUGCUGCAGCACCGGCGCGUGCACAGCGGCGAGCGGCCCUUCGCCUGCGCCGAGUGCGGCCAGAGUUUCCGGCAGCGCUCCAACCUCACGCAGCACCGGCGCAUCCACACCGGCGAGCGGCCCUUCACCUGCGCCGAGUGCGGCAAGGCCUUCCGCCAGCGACCCACGCUCACACAGCACCUGCGUGUGCACACGGGUGAGAAGCCCUUUGCCUGCCCCGAGUGUGGCCAGCGUUUCAGCCAGCGCCUCAAGCUUACGCGCCACCAGAGGACACACACUGGUGAGAAGCCCUACCACUGCUCCGAGUGCGGCUUGGGCUUUACUCAGGUCUCUCGGCUCACGGAGCACCAGCGCAUCCACACGGGUGAACGGCCCUUCGCCUGCCCCGAGUGCGGCCAGAGCUUCCGGCAGCAUGCCAAUCUUACCCAACACCGGCGCAUCCACACGGGUGAGCGGCCCUAUGUGUGCCCCGAGUGCGGCAAGGCCUUCCGCCAGCGGCCCACGCUCACGCAGCACCUGCGCACCCACCGGCGAGAGAAGCCCUUCGCCUGCCAGGACUGUGGCCGCCGCUUCCACCAGAGCACUAAGCUCAUCCAGCAUCAGCGUGUGCACAGUGUGGAGUAGCUCUGGGGGUACCACCUUGGGCAGACAUCACGGGGUGGCUGUCCCGCUGGUCAUCUGUAAGCAGGCCUGCUCAGGGCCUGGCCCCUAGUAGGUGUUCAAUAAACAGUAAAGGAAAUUGUCUCUACCCACUA